CAAUUUCAUCUCCCGACCAAAGAUUCUAUUAAAAUAUGCUCAUCUGCUAUUUAUGUCCAAAUAUACCCUAUUUACAAAAAUAACUUUGACAGAUGUGUAUUAAAACUGUCAACGUUGACUUCGCAAUGCUCUUGUCAUAAACUACCUUAUAGCGCUACGGCCUUCGUGGGCACCGUUUGAACUAAAUCCGUGUUCCUUUGUGUUAAUGGUCCGUCCUCAUUUGCCACCUAAUUGGACUAUAUAAGACCAAUAACAUGAGAGAAUUCUUAUCCCAGCAGCCAACGCGAAGAGUCUGGGAGGCCCCUCCUCUCUCUCGACUCCCCACUUCCCAUCUCUCCCUUCAUCCCAUUUGCUAUUGUACGUGCCCAAUCGCCGUAUACUUUCUGCAUUUAACUCGGGUGACAUUUUUAUUUCAUCAUUAGCAUCUGGCGCCAGACGGACGCGGUGAGCAUCAUUUUCACCAAGGAACUCUCGGAAGAUGAUCAGCAAGAUUAAUAUUGUUUAUCUCGCCUCGUGUUAUUGUCUUUCUUUCUAACGUCAGUGCUGACUGCGUAAGCCAGUUUCCAGUACUGGAAAAGUUUUACACGGACCUUCAAACUCUUAACAGAUUUUUAAAAGAUUUUUUCAGCGGUUUUUCACUGUGGUCAAAAGUAUCAGAGCCCCAACUUUUCAGCCAACAUGCCCGAAACAACACAGGAUACUUGCGGUUCAGUGAAAGAUUCUCCAUUUUUCAUUAAAAAUCUUCUAAACUCCGACAGUAAGCCAUCAAAGCCUAAACCUAUUUUGGCAUCAACUAAAGCGACACUUGAUGGCAGCUUCUCGCUUUCUCAAGUUGGGGAAUUCAACUUUCCUCGCUUUGAGUUGCCGACCCAGCGCUUUGCGUUACCGGCUUACCUCGAGCGCGCGUCUGCAUGGUGGUACCCCUACACACUCAGUGCCUCUGCGCAUCUCCACAGAACAGAAGCAGCACAGAAAGUGAGAGACUCAUCUCCGACCGAAUGCACCGACAGAGAUUCACCCGAGCUUGUGCUCAAAUCAGACCCGGACGCCAAAGACGACGAAGAUGAUAACAAAAGCGGAGACGAGAUUGUCUUAGAGGAAAGCGACACCGAAGAGGCCAAAAAAGAAGGCGGCGUGGACGACUGGAAGAAGAGUGACGAUGGCGCAGACAAGAAGACUUGUCGGAAAAAGAAAACGCGCACGGUGUUCUCGCGGAGUCAGGUGUUCCAGUUGGAGUCCACGUUCGACAUGAAACGCUACCUCAGCAGCUCAGAGCGCGCGGGCCUGGCUGCCUCCCUUCAUCUUACAGAGACCCAAGUUAAAAUAUGGUUUCAGAACCGCAGAAACAAGUGGAAACGACAGCUGGCAGCAGAGCUGGAGGCAGCCAAUUUGAGUCACGCGGCUGCGCAAAGGAUUGUGAGAGUACCCAUCCUGUAUCACGAGAACUCGGCAUCCGAGAACUCCAGUACACCGGGCAACGUGCCCGUAUCCCAGCCGCUGCUCACUUUCCCUCAUCCGGUUUACUACUCUCAUCCCAUCGUCACCUCCGUGCCGCUCCUUAGACCAGUUUGAGGCGACAAGAGAUGACUUUUUCUAUGUAACUAUGUAUCUAAUACAAUUUUACAAAGACUUAAAGACUUGAAAAAAGAAAAGAGAAAAGAGGGAAGUGAAACCAAGAGACAUUUUGUUUGCUAUUUUGUUAAAAAAAUUAUUUAAAAAAGAAAAAAAAAUGUACACUGUCAUGCAUUUGCGUCCAACAUACUUAUACAACUCAAAGACAUAAAAUGAGACAUAAGACGAUUGUUAGAGGCCUACAUUUCGGAUGUUGAAUUUUGGUGGUGAAUUAUAAUGACUUGCAAUGGGUUAAUUUACUGUCACUAUUAUUAUUAUUAUUAUACAGGUAUUUUAAAAGCGUCUCAUUUUCUAUAAAUAUAAUUCACAAAUUAAGAAGUGUUUUUACACAUGGUUUUGUUAAAACACCGAAAAAUAUUCAGACCACGGAUGUGCAAUACUACUGUGUACUACUGUAUAUUAACACAAAAGAUUAUUUUGAGAUUCAAGCAUUUUUUAGACACAUUUAUUAGGACAGGAAGAUAAAACUAUUUGAAAAGUAUCAAGCACUGAAAACUAGUUUUGUGUCCUUGGUCCCGCGCUUUCAAUGGACAAUCACAGGCUGUUUACUUGACAGAAUUUGCAGAAAGUACACACACACACACACAAAUACAAAUUAAACAUUUACUUAUAUUAUUUACAGAUGUAUACAUGUACAGAGAUAUAACAAACCAAAAUGAGCAAAGGAGUCAUUUGUACAGUAAUACCUUUUUUACAUUGUAUUGCAAAAUUUUGUUGUGAAAUAA